UGCUGCUGGAUUUCGGGCGCAGAGAGGCCAACUUUGCAAGGAGCAGCAGGAAAGGAGGAAGGAAGGAAAGCAAGAAAGGAGGAGAGAAGGAAAGAAAGAAGACAGGAGCCCACCUCUGCUCAAGUUCUUUCUUGGACCCCCCCAAAAGGGCCAUGCCAGCCCUGCAAAGCAGAGCCAGGAGCCCCCAAGGCUGCUGAGGACCAAGAGAGAGAUGCAAAGGAUGAAGGGGGGCCCUCAGGGGCUCCCCCCUCUUUGGCUUCUCCUUCUCCUGCUUCUUCUUCGGGGGGCUCAGGACGUCGGAGCCGCGGCUUGCCAUGGAUGUUCUUCAGGAUCCAAAUGCGACUGUAGUGGACAAAAAGGAGAAAAGGGCGACAGAGGAUUCCCGGGGUUAGAAGGGCAACCAGGUUUACCCGGAUUUCCAGGACCAGAAGGACCACCUGGGCCAAGAGGCGAAAAAGGAGAUGAUGGACUUCCAGGACCAGGUGGACCCAAAGGAAUUAGAGGACCUCCAGGUCUACCUGGCUUUCCAGGAACACCAGGACUUCCUGGUCUGCCAGGUCAAGAUGGGCCUCCAGGGCCUCCAGGAAUCCCAGGAUGCAACGGAACAAAGGGUGAACGUGGCUUUCCUGGCAAUGUAGGUUUUCCCGGUCUGCAAGGGCCCCCCGGUCCUCCUGGCUUACCAGGAAUGAAGGGAGAGCCAGGUGAAAUUAUAUCGUCUAUGCUUCCAGGACAGAAAGGCGACCCAGGAUUCCCAGGCGUUCCAGGGAUACCAGGCCCGCCAGGUCCCAUUGGCGCACUAGGUCCCAUCGGUCCUCCUGGGCCACCAGGUUUGACGGGUCCUCCUGGCCCACCAGGAUUACCAGGCCCUAAGGGCAACAUGGGCUUGAACUUCCAAGGGCCCAAAGGAGAAAAGGGUGAACAGGGACUCCAAGGACCUCCAGGGCCACCAGGGCAGAUUGGCGAACAGAAGAGACCAAACGAUGUAGAAUUUCAGAAGGGAGAUCAGGGUGUUCCAGGUGACCGUGGGCCCCCAGGACCUCCUGGGUUACCAGGUCCUCCUGGCCCUCCUGGUGGUGGAAAAGGUGAAAAAGGUGAGCAAGGAGAACCAGGCAAAAGAGGAAAACCUGGCAAGGAUGGAGAACCUGGGCAGCCUGGCUUGUUUGGCUUGUCUGGUGAUCGUGGCGUCCCUGGCUUUCCGGGAAGAGAUGGGGAAAAGGGUCAGAAAGGCGACGCUGGUCCACCUGGUCCUCCUGGUCGUGUAAUUCCUAGGCCAGAUACUGGUGCAACGGUGGGACCCAAAGGUAGCAAAGGUUUGCCAGGAUUUCCUGGAGAGAAGGGCGAGCGCGGCUAUCCUGGUCUAGAAGGUCCUCCCGGCUUUCCAGGUCCCCCAGGAAUUCCAAGCAUAGGUCCUUCUGGCACACCUGGUCUCCCUGGAGAAAGAGGACAGAAGGGGGAUCAAGGUCUCCCUGGGAUUUCCAUCCCUGGCCCACCUGGAAUUGAUGGACGACCAGGACUUCCCGGUCCCCCGGGUCCCCCAGGACCACCAGGAACAGCAGUUUCACCAGUGGACGGGUUAUGUGAACGAGGGCCUCCCGGCCUCCCAGGCCUCCCAGGUGAACAAGGAUUUAUGGGAGAGACAGGCCAGAAAGGAGAUAAAGGGGACACAUGUUUCAACUGUAUAGGAACUGGCAUUUCUGGCCCUCCUGGGGAGAAGGGACUGCCUGGAUUACCUGGAAGCCCAGGUUCACCUGGUUUACCUGGACCAAAAGGUGAUAAAGGAUUUCCUGGCCUAGUUGGCCUUGUUGGGCCCCAAGGUCUUCCUGGCCCUCAAGGUCCUCCCGGACGACCCGGUGCCAAAGGCGAUCCAGGCGAUGUCCGUACUUUCCCUGGGUUGAAAGGCGAUAAAGGAGACCCUGGCUUCCCAGGCCCUGCAGGGCUGCCUGGUUUAGAUGGGACCCGUGGACAAGAUGGAAGCCCGGGACUUCCUGGACCAAAAGGAGAGCCAGGAGGCAUCAAUUUCAAAGGAAGCAGGGGCCCCUCUGGUGAUCCAGGGAUCCCUGGACUUCCGGGGGACCGAGGGCCACCGGGGCCUCCUGGAUUUGGUCCACAGGGUCCUCCAGGAGAGAAAGGCAUUCAGGGUGUUUCAGGUCGCCCAGGAUCUCCUGGAGUCCCAGGACCCAAAGGAGACCCUGGUCAAACGAUCACAGAAUCGGGGUCUCCAGGAAUACCUGGUCCUCCAGGCAGGGAUGGCGAAAUUGGUCUCCCAGGUGACCCAGGCCCACCAGGGCCAGCUGGAUUGCCAGGGUUCCCUGGGCAGAAAGGUGACCCAGGACUACCUGGCAUCGGUCUUCCAGGCCCACCAGGACCGAAAGGUUUCCCUGGAUUGCCAGGUCUCCCCGGAGCACCAGGAACCCCUGGAAUAGCAGGUCUAGAUGGACCUCCCGGACCACCUGGAAUAGCAGGACAGAAGGGGGAUCGUGGAUUUGGUGUUCCAGGACCAGCUGGGCCACCUGGGCCACCAGGUUUUAAAGGGGCACAGGGUUCGAAAGGUGAACCUGGCUUUCCAGGAACUCCUGGUACUCCAGGACGCGCAGGUUUAAAUGGAACUCCAGGACCUAAAGGUGACCCUGGGCCACGCGGCCAGCCUGGGUUAGUAGGACCUCCAGGGUUUCCAGGAAUUGGUGGUCAAGGUCCCCCAGGCGCACCGGGGCCUCCAGGACCUGUCGGCCCCCCAGGCCCACCAGGACUGCAAGGUAUAGCUGGUGAAAAAGGAGACCCUGGCCCGCCAGGAUUCGACGUUCCCGGUCCUCCAGGUGACCGAGGCAGUCCAGGUUUCCCAGGAUCCCCUGGUUCCCCAGGACCACCGGGUCCAACUGGGCCACCUGGCCGAGACGGAAGUCCAGGAUUCCCAGGUGGCAAAGGUGAGAUGGGAGUGAUGGGCGCACCUGGACCACCAGGUUCACCUGGAACCCCUGGCAGAAGUGGCCUUCCUGGCCCCAAAGGCAAUGAUGGUUUACCUGGCCAGUUGGGACGUCCAGGAUCUCCGGGACAAAAAGGCAGCAAGGGCGAGACAGGUCUGCCUGGACUUCCAGGAAAAGUGGAUCUAAGCCAGUUGGGCUCAAAAGGAGAAAAAGGAGAGCCAGGAACUGCAGGUAUUCCUGGUCUAACUGGGCAGAAGGGUUACCAAGGCAUCUCAGGUGACCCAGGGCCUCCUGGACUAGUUGGGCAGCCAGGCACACCUGGACUUCCAGGUCCCAAAGGCGAUCGAGGAUUACCUGGCCCCCCUGGACCAACUGGACCCCCUGGACAGAAAGGUUCUGGUGGUGAAAUGGGUCUUCCAGGUUCCCCGGGUGCGAAAGGUUCGCAAGGCAUAGGAGGGCGCCCUGGACAGCCUGGUUCUCCUGGGUUUCCUGGGCUGAAAGGAGACAAGGGUGAUCCUGGACUUUCGGACGUCGGUAUCCCAGGUCCCCCUGGCCCUAAGGGCGAUGCAGGAUUGCCUGGCUACUCAGGGAGUCCUGGUAUCAAAGGGUCUUCUGGCAAUCCUGGCUUGCCUGGUUUGCCCGGUAAUCCAGGUGCAAAAGGUGAACCUGGCCUCCCCGGGUUCCCAGGGACACCAGGUAUGCCAGGACCAAAAGGUAUCGAUGGACCCCCAGGUAAUCCAGGCGUACCAGGAACACCUGGACCUCCAGGUGACCUUGGUCGCCCUGGUCCUCCAGGUCCUUCAGGAGAAAAAGGACAACCUGGGCAAGACGGCAUUCCUGGACCGGCAGGACAGAAGGGAGAACCAGGUCAACCAGGGUUUGGUCUUCCCGGAAAUCCAGGACUCCCAGGACUAUCAGGUCAAAAGGGUGACCCAGGUUUACCGGGGCCCCUUGGUCCACCAGGCCCCCCUGGUCUGAAGGGAGAGUCCGGGGCCCAGGGUUUUCCUGGCCUCCAAGGCCCACCAGGCUCCCCAGGACUCCCAGGGCCACCAUCAGAAGGACCGAAGGGUAGCCCUGGUCCACCAGGCAUACCAGGAAGGCCAGGUGCCACAGGUCCUCCAGGUCUACCUGGUCCAGAAGGUGUCCGUGGACCCCCCGGAACUGGAGGAGUCAAAGGUGAAAAGGGGAACCCAGGUCCAUCAGGUCAACCUGGACUGCCUGGCUCAAAAGGAGAUCAAGGAAUACCUGGACGCCCGGGUGAUCCAGGGCGUCCCGGUCUGAAUGGAAUGAAAGGUGAUCCCGGUGUCCCAGGAGUCCCAGGAUUUCCAGGGAUGAAGGGCCCCCUUGGACCCCCAGGACCAGCCGGCUUUGCAGGAGACCCCGGACCUCCAGGUUCCCCAGGUCCUCCAGGGAUACCUGGCCCAGCUGGACAAACCAUUGUGGUAAAAGGUGACCCUGGUCCACCAGGCCCACCAGGGCAACCUGGAAUGAAAGGCCUACCUGGACUACCAGGCCCUCCAGGUUCGCCAGGUCCGAUUGGUCUUCCUGGUGAUGCUGGACAAGAUGGGCUGCCUGGAUUUGAUGGUCCAGGAGGACGUAAAGGGGAGCGAGGACUUCCAGGUCAACCAGGUUUUCGGGGUUCGCAAGGCCCUCCUGGUCCGGAUGGUUUGCAGGGACCCCCCGGUCCUCCUGGAAUGGCGUCAGUCGCUCAUGGGUUCCUGAUCACUCGCCACAGCCAAACGACAGAUACACCAUUCUGCCCACAAGGAACCACUCGGAUAUAUGAUGGCUUUUCUCUUUUGUAUGUCCAGGGGAACGAAAGAGCCCACGGGCAGGACUUGGGCACCGCUGGCAGCUGCCUCCGCCGUUUCAGCACCAUGCCUUUCAUGUUCUGCAACAUCAACAAUGUCUGUAAUUUUGCAUCUAGAAAUGACUAUUCCUAUUGGCUCUCCACUCCCGAGCCGAUGCCCAUGAGCAUGGAGCCAUUAACUGGAAAGAGCAUCCAACCUUUUAUUAGCCGGUGCACGGUCUGUGAAGCUCCAGCCAUGGUUAUAGCAGUCCACAGCCAGACCAUCCAAAUCCCAUCAUGUCCACUAGGCUGGAGCUCCUUAUGGAUCGGCUAUUCUUUCAUGAUGCACACCAGUGCCGGUGCAGAAGGAUCUGGGCAGGCAUUGGCUUCUCCUGGUUCCUGCCUUGAAGAAUUCCGCUCAGCUCCUUUCAUUGAGUGCCAUGGCCGAGGGACCUGCAACUAUUAUGCCAACUCCUACAGCUUCUGGCUGGCGACGGUGGAGGUGGCAGAAAUGUUUAGUAAACCUCAGUCUGAGACCCUCAAGGCCGGAGACCUGAGGACGCGUAUUAGUCGAUGCCAAGUAUGUAUGAAGAGGACGUAAUGCCUUGGAGACUUUGAAAGUAAAAAACAAAAAUGCAGAACAACUGAAAAAAACAAAAUCAUUUGGUGCACAAUCCUUCAGCUAUAACAAAUGGUGCUACGACACAAAAAGAAGAAGAGAAAAUCCAGAAUGCAGAUUCCGGUGCACCCUCUUUCUCUCUUUCUCUCUGUCCCCCCAAGUGCUCUCCUGAAGACGUUCUUCUGGUGCAGUUUAUUUUUUUGUUUGGAGACACUUGGGAACGCACCCUCGAAAUAUCAGAGACACUUGCGGGCGCUAAGGAUCCGAAGGCGAAAGUUGCUAUUCCUCCCCCAAGAGCCACGGGGGGCCGCUUUUUCCAUUGCCCCCGGAGAAAAGAAGAAACCAAAAUGCACUGUGAUGGUUCAGAGGAGGAGAACCUGCCAUUCUGAAAAGCCUGACUUCAUGGUGCUACUAACCCUACUGUAUCCCAGGUUUUUACUAUGAAACGUUUAAGCUGUAAGUAAUGAAAUGUGUAUAUUGUGUAAACACAUUCUUUUUUUCUACUUCUCAUCAUUUUAGACACAAAGCAGCCUGAAUCACCAACCCACCCAAAGAAAUCGAAAUGACCCUAUAUAUAUAUAAAUAUAAAUAUAUAUAAUAUUAAAAACACCCACCUAAAGCAGGAAGCAAUAUUGUAGCCAUUAAAGCAGCAAUGAGAGUCCUGUUCUCUUGUAACAACUACUGAAUAGAUAUAUAUAUAUAUAUUCCCCUUUUGAGUCCUUGGACACGUUUUUAAUUUGGAGGAAAUGUAUAGUAAUGCUUUAACCGUUUCUUGCAGGGCUGUUCAUGUCUUUAUUGUAUGCCAUGCUCCUGAUGAUUUUAAUUGUCCUCGGAAACCAAAAAGGAAAAACGUUAAAAGGGUUUAUUUUUGCAUAGUCUGUGAAAAAAAAAAUGAAAAUGUGCAGCCAUAUCCUAUAUUCUUCUAUAAGAAAGACAUCCACGUCAUGCGUUCAUAUAAGUGAUAACUUAUGUUGGGUUCAGCUAAAUACCCCUUGGAAAAAUAGGCAGAUGAAACACAAAUGCUAGAAAUAUAUGAAACACACACAUACACAAAACCACUUUUUUUUCUGGAAAUGACGUCUAGUAUUUUAUCCAGAAUAAACUGUACACUUUGAAAAAUCCUUUUGAAUGAAAUAAAGUGAAAACUGGUGAAAAUGGA